AAGUCGGCAUUAGGAUAGUGGAUACCUAACUUCUCUUACUUUGUAAAUAAAUAUGUAAUUGAAAAUUAUGUUUACUCCUAUUUUUCACUUUUUUGCGGGAUUAUAAAAUAAGACUAAAUUUGAAUACUACAUCAUACAAUCACAAACGAUGCAAAUUCGUAUAAAUAAAAGUCCACCCUCCGUAAAUACGAAAUGUAGUGGCCCUUCUCCUCAAUAUAAUACCCCACAUUGUGGAGCCUGUGGACAUAUGUCACUGCAUGGUCGCCGCUCCGACUCUCAUGAUCUCCUUGCAAAUCAUGGUGCUUUAUGUUGUUGACCAAGUUCAAUAUGAGGCUGAGUUUUACUAUGUUAUAAUAGAGCUGAUACUCACUAUUGUAGCAUUUAUUAACCUUUUCAUAGUGGGAAAAAUUGUUGGAGCUAUAUAUGGUUUAUUCUAUGUAGAUUUAAUGAUUGCUUUUAGCAUGGAUGCAUAUUAUAUGUAUGCAGAACGAGGGUUGACAUUGUAAUGUGUGCAAGUUUAUAAAGAUUUUUUUUACUUAGUGAUAAUAAAAGGAUGUUGACAUGCGGCUACACUGAUAAAUAGUCAUUUAAAUUUAGUAGCAACUCAAUGACAUGUUGAUAUAUGAAACUACAAGUACAAUGAACUUAUUUGUGAAGUAUAUUUUAAAAGUGCCGAGAAGGGUUUUAAAAGUUACCCUGUCUGAACUGCUGUGGGUUAUUUUAGUGUUGAGCAUUUUGCUAGUAUAUUUGAUAUUGAAAAACAUUGAUCAUGACACAGAGGAAAUCCAGAGUGACUAUUUACCUGUAAUUUUAUGGUGGACUGCCGGUUUCCCUGGAUCAGAAACUGCACGAAAUUGUCCAGGUAAUAUUAAAUGCAACAUCAUCAGUGACCACAAAUCAAUUAAACAAAAUGUUGAUGCCUAUCUAUUCUAUGCAAGCAAUAUAAAGUUUGACAGUCUUCCAUUACCUAGGAAACCAAAGAACGUUAUUUGGGGGCUAUAUCAUGAAGAAUCACCAAGAAAUGUGGAGGAAUUAUCACAUGAAGAGGCGUUGAGGAUAUUUAAUUAUUCCUCCACAUUCAGUAGAUAUAGCGAUGUGCCCUAUCCUUUGCAAUUUUUGGACUCUAUUGGUGAAAUAACAAGUACAAAGUAUUUUGUACCAACCAAAGUAAAAAAUAAUGACAAUGAUAUUGCUCCUAUAAUGUACUUGCAGACUGAUUGUGAAACAGCAACAGAAAGAGAUGAAUAUGUUAAAGAAUUAAUGAAACACUUGCCGAUAGAUUCAUAUGGCGCGUGUCUUAACAAUAAAGAAAUGCCAGCUAAGUUCACACAAGAUUAUCUUGAACACCUCAAUGAUGAGGAUUUCCUACACUUUAUUGCUAAAUACAAGUUCGUAUUGGCACUGGAAAAUGGUGUUUGCGAUGAUUACGUCACCGAGAAGUUUUGGCGCGCAAUUAAAGUUGGUACGGUACCUAUCUAUUUCGGUUCGCCGAGCAUACGAGAUUGGCUACCAAACAGAAAGUCUGCUAUUUUGUUAGAAGACCAUCCCACUCCUGAACUAAUGAGUGAGUACAUCAAGAAAAUACUGGCAGAUGACAAUCUAUAUGAAGAGCACUUGGAGCAUAAAACGAUGGGACUUAUUACGAAUUCAAAAUUAACAGAGGAAUUGAAAAAUAAACCCUAUCAAACAGAUGCACUACAGGUAGUUGAGACCUUUGAGUGCUUUAUAUGUCAAAAGAUUUACGACAUAAACGCGGGGGUUGGAAAAGAAAGUGUCGUAAAUAAAUGGCAUUACAACUGCCCUAAACCUAUCUCUGCUUUGACAUUAAGAGUUAAUCCUAACAAUGAUUGGGUGUAUUCCUGGGAAAGAGCGAGAAGGAGAGCCGGGGAAAUUGAACAGAGAGUAUUAGGUAGCAAUUAAACGAA